CGCCCUCGCUCCGCCGUCCCGUAGUCUCCGCGGACAGCCAAGAUGGCGCUGGCGGCUGCGGGUCGCGUUCUGCUGCACGCGGGGUCCCGCCUGGGGCGCAGGGAGGCCGUGGACGGCGCGCGGCGCUUCGCUAACAAGCAGGUGCUGGUGGAGACGGAGGACGCGGCGGGGGUUGCGGUGAUGAAAUUCAAGAACCCUCCAGUGAAUUCCCUCAGUUUGGAGUUUCUGACAGAGUUCGUCAUCAGUCUGGAGAAGCUGGAGAAUGACAAGUCCUUCCGUGGGGUCAUCCUCACCUCGGACCGCCCAGGCGUCUUCUCAGCAGGCCUGGACUUGAUGGAGCUAUAUGGCCGGAACCCAGCGCACUACGCUGAGUACUGGAGGGCUGUGCAGGAGAUAUGGCUGAGACUCUACUUGUCCAACCUGAUUUUAGUGUCUGCCAUCAACGGAGCCUCUCCAGCUGGUGGCUGCCUCCUGGCUCUUACCUGUGACUACAGGGUUAUAGCUGACAACGCCAAGUACAUCAUAGGAUUGAACGAGACCUUGCUGGGCAUUGUUGCCCCCUUCUGGUUAAAAGACGCCUUUGUGAACGCCAUCGGACACCGAGCAGCAGAGCGCGCCCUUCAGCUGGGGAUGCUCUUCCCACCAGCGGAGGCCCUCAAGCUGGGUGUGGUGGACGAGGUGGUGCCUGAGGACCAGGUACACAGCAGGGCUCGCUCAGUGAUGGCCCAGUGGCUGGCCAUUCCAGACCAUUCCCGGCAGCUGACCAAGAGCAUGAUGCGGAAGGCCACCGCAGACCACCUCAUCAAGCAGCGCGAGGCCGACAUCCAGAACUUCGUCAACUUCAUCUCCCGAGACUCCAUCCAGAAGUCUCUGCACAUGUACUUGGAAAAGCUCAAGCAAAAGAGGAGCUAAAGCAAG